UGGCUACAGUGGAACGCUGUGAAGAAGGCCGAGGACCGUUCAGACAGACACGGGGUUAUAAUGGCAGCGACGUCGCGGCACGACCGGGAGAUGGCGAUAAAUGCCAAAAAGCAGCUUGCGGAGACUUCAGACCCUGUGGAGCGGCUGCGGCUGCAGUGUUUAGCCCGAGGAUCCGCGGGGAUUAAGGGUCUGGGCAGAGCUUUCAGGAUCAUGGACGAUGACAACAACCGUAGCCUGGACAUAAAAGAGUUCUUGAAGGGCCUGAAUGACUAUGGUGUUCUCAUGGAGAAAGAAGAGGCCAUGGCUCUUUUUCAGAUCUUUGACAAGGAUGGCAGUGGACAGAUUGACUUUGAUGAGUUUCUCCUCACACUCAGGCCACCCAUGUCCAAUGCGAGGAAGGAGGUGAUAUUACAGGCUUUUAGAAAGCUGGAUAAGACUGGCGAUGGUGUAAUCACAGUUGAAGAUCUGAGAGGAGUGUACAAUGUCAAAAAUCACCCCAAAUAUCAGAACGGGGAAUGGACUGAGGAUCAGAUAUUCCGCAAAUUUUUGGACAGCUUUGACUCUCCUGAUGACAAGGACGGAAAGGUAUGCAAAAAGUACAGAGCAGUAGCUUGUGUAUGUAAUGCAUAUCAUGUGUUUCAUCAGUGUGGGCUGGCAGGAAAAAGCAAUGUGUGUGUGUUUCGCUCUUGAUUCAGUGUGGAGGGAAAUUAUGUAUAGACAACUUUAUGCUGUUACUGAGUUCUUUUUAUCUCUCUACUCUUUUUUACUAUGUGGAAUAUUAAAUGGAACAAACAGUUGUGUGAAGAGUAUUGUUAAUCUGUUUUAUGCAUCAGGUCACAAAAGAAGAGUUUUUGAAUUACUACGCUGGUGUGAGUGCCUCCAUUGACACAGAUGUCUACUUUAUAGUAAUGAUGAAGAAUGCCUGGAAACUUUAACUAAUAUCUUCAAACGUUUGUCUCAGGGUAAAGAGCUUGGAUGGAGCUACUUCAUCCUCUGUAAUCUGACGGGUUCUAAAUGGUCUUCAAACGAAUCAGCAAAUGGACAUCAAAUUCCUAAAGGACCUGCCCUGAUUCCAUCAAAUCAGUUUCUCUGUAGCAUAAAAUUGGUCUCGAAUCAACAUUACACCAUUCAUUCUGCACAAAAGUAACUUCAGCUGCUUCAGAUACAGCACUGAUCCUCUUUUCCCAGUCAGGAAUCAGUGCACCUGACAUCAUAGCUUGUGGUCCUGUUAACAGCAGCAGCUAUAAAACAGCAGUGCUAAAAGACUCCAAGCACUACAAUGUAUAGAACUUAUGUACAGGGAGCCUUUUUGCUAUACUGUGCUGUCUGCACUGAGGAAUUCAGCGAGAAGUCAGAAGAGACCUUGGCACUGUUUUGGAAAUUUCCAAUUUUCUGUUUUCAAUAACAGGCUGGAAAUAGUUUUGAUUGAAUCAGUUGGCAACAAUGACAGUUACAUUCAGAUCUAUGGGAGUUUUAACCCUCAUUCAAUCAACAGGGGUGGUUUUACUACAAUGUUACAAUUACUUAAGGGCAAUACCAUUGAUUUUUUCAAAAUUUCUGCAGAGUUCAAUCGUUGAGCUAUUCGGAGUAGUGUGAUGUGAAAUGAUUCAUUAUAGAGAAAUUUAAAGCUUUAGA